AAGUACCCUUAACCAGUCACCUUUUACUUGUUCUUUUCUUUUAUAGUGUUUAGCCUGGCUAAGCUAAUGAAUGUGAAAGAAGAUCAAAGUAAACUUUCUGCUAUAGCAAGGCAAGGUUCGGGAAGUGCUUGUCGCAGCCUGUAUGGUGGAUUUGUGAAGUGGAUCAUGGGAAAAGAGAAAGAUGGGAGUGACAGCGUGGCUGUUCAACUUGCAGAUGAGAAUCAUUGGGAUGACCUUGUUAUAAUCAUUGCUGUCGUAAGUUCAAGGCAAAAGGAAACAAGUAGUACCUCAGGGAUGCUUGAGACAGUCGAAACCAGUAUGCUUAUACAACAUAGAGCAAAGGAAGUAGUACCCAAACGCAUAAUUCAAAUGGAGGAAGCAAUAAAGAAUCGGGAUUUUCCAUCUUUUGCUCGUCUGUCUUGUGCAGACAGUAAUCAAUUUCAUGCAGUCUGCCUGGAUACAAGCCCCCCCAUAUUCUACAUGAAUGACACAUCUCAUAGGAUAAUUAGCUGUGUUGAGAAAUGGAAUCAUUUUGAAGGAACCCCUCAGGUGGCUUAUACCUUUGAUGCCGGCCCAAAUGCAGUUCUCAUUUCUCACAAUAGAGAGACAGCUGCCCUUCUGCUCCAGAGACUGCUCUUUCACUUCCCUCCUAACUCAAAUACUGACUUGAACAGUUAUGUUAUUGGUGACAAGACAAUAUUACAAGAUGCGGGCAUUCAGAACAUGAAAGAUGUGGAAGCUUUGGCUCCACCUCCUGAGAUUAAAGAUAACAUUCCAACACAGAAGUACAAGGGAGAUGUUAGUUACUUUAUCUGCACAAAACCCGGUAGAGGUCCAGUACUGCUAACCAAUGAAAGUCAAGCUCUUCUUGACCCGAAAACUGGGCUCCCCAAGUAAAGAGGGACGAAUUCUGCUUUUUUGGGUGUAUUUUCUUACUAAAAACUGGGCAUUUCGUUAUCUUUAAUUAGGGUGUACUGCUUCGACAUGCUUCAGUACCCCAUAUCAUUUCUAGUUUUGAUCAUAUUCCUUGUUCUAUUUAGUAUGAACUAUCAGACAAAUUUGUUUAUACACAAUGAUACCAAAUAAAUUUAAGGCUUCUUCA